AUGACGACCUUGCAGAUGCACACCACGAAUGCUUUCCUCGCGCUGGCGAAGAUAAUUUACCCCAUACAAGAGCCCAACCUCAAACGUGACCGCCCGCUGGAAGUCUUAUGCUUAGGCCUCUCUCGCUCUGGAACGGAAUCUCUAUCCAAGGCUCUGGUACUUCUAGGCUACGAUGAGACCUACCACGGCCUGCAAGUCGUCUCUCAUCGCGUGUCCGACGUACCACAAUGGCAUCGUCUUGGGAAAGCGAAGAUGAACGGAGACAAGGCAUUUUUGUGCGCGGAGGAAUUUGACCGAAUUUUAGGCCAUUGCAUGGCCGUGACGGAUUCUCCGUGCUGCAUCUUCAGCGAGGAGCUGAUCAGAUGCUACCCGCAAGCUAAGGUCGUGCUGAACAAGCGGAGAGAUGUCAAGGCCUGGGAACAGAGCGUCAAAGGUACGCUUAUUGGGAUCUACUCAUCUUGGCCGCGGCUGGUCAAGAGUUUCUUCCUGACCGAGUUGUUUUGGCUCAGGCUGUGGACGCAGUCUUUGCUGGAGCCAUUGUUUGUGGGAGCUUUUGAACAAAACCCGCACCGCAUGGGCGAGCUCUAUGAGAAACACUACGAUGAUGUCAAGGAGGUCUGCCGUGUUCAGGGUCGCCAGUAUCUGGAGUGGAGUGUUGAGGAUGGAUGGGAGCCAUUGUGCCAAUUCUUGGGCAAGCCUGUGCCGAAAGAACCAUUCCCUCAGGGCAACUCAACGGCGGAAUUUCAGGCGUUCAAGUCGAAGGUUCAGGACCCGAGGAAUGAGAAAGCCACGAGAAAUAUAGUGAUCACAGCAGCGACUGUUGUGACUGCCUCGAUUGCGCUGUUCGCAUACUAUCGCCAGCUACAAUAG